GCGCUGUUGACCGCGCGAAAAUCUUGACAUCUGACAUGGCUGAGUGACAUUACACAUGUUACAUGCAUGAUAUGUCAUGUAUGUCUCGUCUGAUUGAUCGAUAUGUGCAGUUCUUAUUCAUGAUGACAUCCAAAUAGAAUACAUGGAAUAGGUCUCCAGGCAGGACAAAGUGUGAGCAGUCCAGGCUGGUACAAUCGUCCAGAACAAACUACUGGGAAUUUCUUUAUAACUUUAACUGAGAGACAUUUUGGAGCUCAGAUCUGAAGACAGACUUUUGUAAAACGAGGUCAUCAUGGGCAAAGCGAGGACCAAGCGUAAAAGUGCUUCCACUUUGGAGACAACACCGGGAAGCAAAAGGAGCAAAAAGUUGGCUCGUGGGAGCGCAAACCAAGGCCCUUCUCAACCCACGGUGUUAAACGAUGACUCGACUUUCGGUCAGUUAGUGAAGGACGCUGGCUUCGUAUUGAUGGCUGACAACUCCCCAAAUCAGCUAAGUGUUGACCAGGCCAUGUUUCAGCAGAGGCUGUCCAAGGCUUUGAAGCGGUCCAGCGAUCUGGAACAGAUUGUUGAAGAAUUCACAAGUGGAAUUCAAAAUCACAUUGAGGAUCCUGUUCGCUUCAAGUACAGCUUGUUACCCACAUUAACAUCCGCUGAAUGCGAGAGCGCCAGGGGCGGAAACCAGGACAGUCUGAUGCGACUUCUUCUGGGAAUAGAUGAACUUCAGUCGCCCAUAAUCAACGUUCUCUUGGAGAAGCUGCCAGAGUUUAUGGAAGACCAAGAUAGCAUGUUUGACCACAGCGAUGCGGCCAAUCUACCCAGACUCAUUCUGAAUCAGUUCCAGUGGCUUGACAGAGUGCUGAACAGUGAGGAAAUGACCAAUAAGAUGCUAGAGAUGGUCAGCGUGUCCUCCCUCGCUGUGCAGCAAGAAAUCAUCGCCUGUAUUCCUGAGGUUGUCAGCGACAGCGAACAUAAUACUGUUGCUACACAGCUCAAGGAGCUGUUAUUCAACAGUAGCGAGCUGACCGUCCCUGUCCUGGAUGCGCUUAGCAACCUGAAUUUGACCCCUGACCUCAUGACGGAGGUACGUAACGCAGCUCUGCAGACCUUAAUCUCAGCUGAUCUGGAGGACCUGCCAGUCAUCAUCAAAUUCAUUCUGCAGUCAGUCAGCAGUGCUGAUGCUGUUGAGGUCAUCAGCCAAGUGAGGACAAAUUUGGAAUUCCCAACAAAUCUUCCCUCUGCCUCGCCUUUCACACCGCAUCGCAAGAGAGGAUCAGGCAAUAAAAACCAUGACAACACACUACUGAUUCUCGAUGCCAUCAAGACCAACAUGCGCUUCCAGAAAGUGGUGACUGAAGGUUGGAUUAAAGCAGUAGAGAAUGUGCAUACAGCUAGUGAACACAAGGUCAUAGACAUUUUCAUCCUUCUGAUUGCUCACACCGUUGCAUCGAAUCGUAAGAAAGCUCUAGAGAGUUUGUUCCGCAGCAAAGUUCGCUCCGGUCACUUCCGGGAGGAACUUCUUAAAGCGGCAUUCAGCUCCCAUGCAAAGGUCAUAAGGGAAUAUUUCCCAUCCAUUCUCUCUCUCGCUGAGGUCCUGUUGAGAUCCCCGGAGCCGGCCGUCAGCCUGUUUGCCUGCUGUAUCUAUAGGCAGGCUUUCCUGGCGUUUGAUGUCAUGUACUAUAAACAGGAGGUGAUAGGUUCCUUGGUAGCGCACAUCGGCAGCGGUUUUCAGGGUGAGAUAGAGGCUGGACUUGAUGUCCUACUCAGCCUAGUGGAGCACCAUGCCAGUGACGUGGCACCCUUUGCCAUUUUCAUAAAGGGCGUGCUGGACUACUUAGGCAACCUGUCUCUGCCGCAGAUCCGCAAACUGUUCUCCAUCCUCAGCGUCCUCGCGUUCAGAAACACCCAGGAAUGUGCCAACAUACAGGAUGAGUUGCACAUUGUCAUCAGGAAACAGCUGUCCAGUAACAGUCCCAAGUAUAAGCGGAUUGGCGUGAUCGGCUCCCUCAUGAUCGUACGCAACAUGGCGUUCCGUCAGGAGCCCGGUCAAGGGAGGGAGCUCUCUACAGAAAUGUACAACACUAUUGUGUCGUUGCUGGGGCAAGUCAGGAGCAGUAGCAGUAAAAUGCCUGAGGCGUCAGCACUGUUCUUUGAUGAAUUGGCCAACAUUGUGGAACAGCGACAGCUGGACCAGAAAGUAGAAGAAUUUAUAGGCGAUAGCAUUCUGAAUGACUUUCAAGAUGACUUUGUUGUCGACGUCGAAGCUGAUCAAGUCUCGGGGGACUACGGUUUGCCGUUGAGUGAGGUGUACGGUCUGGAAGCUGAAGAGUCCCAGGGGGGCGUGGCCAUCAACCUGCUGCCCCUCGUCAGUAAGGCGGAGAGGGCCCAGCUGAACCUUGGCUCAUUGCCAAAUGAGGAAUCAGAAACUGACAGAUCUCGCACUGUCUCGCCCCUCUGCAUGACUCCCCACUUCCGCCUGCUGAGGAUGUGUGAGAUGGCGCAGAACGAUAACAUGGAGGGGAUCGAUGCACUGUUAGGCUGCCCACUCUAUAACGUCAGCAAUGAAGUCAUAUCUAAGAUCAGUUCCUUGGCCAAGAAUGAGCGAGAGAUGCUCUGCACUUGUCUGUUCCUGACCAUCAACUGGUUCAGAGAGAUUGUGAAUGCCUUCAGUGGACUGACAGAUGCUGAGAUGCGGGGCAAGGUGCUGGCGAGACUCAAGAACAUCACAGAAGUCCAGAAACAUCUACAGACGUGCUUGGCAGAAACCCCUAACUUCAGCCCGCCCCUGGCCAACUUUGACAACGAUUCAGUUCUGAGUAGCGAUGGUGCCUCAACUUCCACAUCCGGCCCAACGAACACAGCUACCGUCGGGAGCAAAAGAGGACGAAAGCCCAAGGAGAAGGAGAAAAAUGCCGCCAACACAUCCGGUAUCUUGAACGACACCGUUGCUCACUCCAGCACCCAGGACACAAGCCUAGACACAACCCAGAACACAACCCAGAACAGAUCUACAGAUACCGAAGCGGGCGGGUCAGAGUCUGUCACCAAGGGGGCUGUGGACUUGUCUCGGUAUAGGACUUACUUUAGGGAGCUAGACAUUGAUGUCUUCAAUAUACUGGGCUGCGGACUGGUGACGAAGAGUGUCUUAGAUUCAGAGAUGCACACAAGGGAGGUUGUGGUGCUGAAGCUUCAACCGCCAGAGCUCCAUUUCCUUUUGGAAGACCUGAGCCUGAAGUUGGACCAUGCACUACUGGCGUCUUCUACCAAGAGGAGAACGUUCCUUAAGACCAAAUCAGACAAGAAUACAGGCUUCUCCCACCUGAACCGUUUCACUCCUCGGGAGAUUGCCGUCAAGGCUAUCAAGCUCCUGCCUCAUCUCUGUGAUCAUCUGGAGUCAACCAGCGCAUUCUUCCAGGCCCUCGUAGAGCAGAAUGACGGGGUCGUUGAUGGUCCGGGUGCCAAUACUCCUGAAUACCACAAAAUGGCAACGUGUCUGCACCUCCUACUCAAGUCACUGCUCUCUCUCUUCUCAUGGAAUGGCUUUGCGUCCAGUGAGAACAAGUCCUUGUUCUUGGAUGCCUUGAAAGUCUUGACAUCCCGUAUCAAGAGCAGCGGCCGAACGCAACUCACAGCCAAACAACUUCACAAGCACGCUUUCAGCUACUUGGAGAAGUUCUUAGACACAGUGCCUGACUUGUCUUCAGCCAUCUUCCUGCUUCGUCUUCUUGUCUCUCUCAGCGAACACUCUGAGACAACCGAUAACAGUGAGAGUAUAGCUGACAUGGCCGAAGGUCUGUUGAAGCGAGAAUGGUUGAACCAGGACGGCCUAAUAGAGAAAGGUGCCAAACACAAUGAACUCCUCCAGUCACUGCUCAGAAUCUACCUGUGCCAUACACCUGACGUUCUGAAGAGCAUUCAGGACAUCUGUACUAUCGCGAUCCCAGAACUGAUAGACAGCAAUGAGAGGACGGGCUACUCUACUACCUACCAAACCCUCAACAGAUUGACGUUUGGAACUUACUAUCGCGUCUUAUUUGACCACCUGACUACCUACCUUCGUGACCUUUACGCCAGAGGGGCGUCCAAGCGCGGCGGUCACCUGACCGAAGAGCGACUGAUUCGCUGGAGCAUGGCCGUCCAUGUCUUCCACGUCCUGAUAAGUCUUCUCAAGGUGUUUGAAGCAAGGAGCAAUCUGACGUCUGCACUCAAGUAUGGACGUGUCUUCAUUGAGCUCUUCCUGAAACACGGCAUGCCUCUACUCGACAGGCUGUUCCCAUCCCAGAGGGAAGAAGUCUUGAAGCUGUUGAAAACCCUGCAGCAAAGCACCAGGUCACUACAUCACGUGUGUAGUCAUUCUAAGGUUGCGAAGGAUGUAUCGUUGACCAAUCACGUACCGGCCGUCAAACGCAACCUGGAGCUGUUUGUGUAUCGAGUCAAAGCCAUGCUGGCUCUGCAUAAAUGCCAAGAGGCGUUCUGGGUGGGCAACCUCAAGAACAGAGAUCUACACGGCGAGGAGAUUUUGUCCCAGCAAGCCAACGAUUCAGCGAGCGAGAACGGAGAUGAUGCAGAUGAAGACACUGAGCUUCCCUCAGAAGACAGCAGCAGCGGUGAUGAGUCAACGACCACUAUGGGGCAGGAGGAGAAAUCUGACAGCGACGAUGAGUCGUGCAGUGAGAGUUUCUAACAAGGACGUACCAAGCUCAAACAAAGUAAGCCAUCAAUAUACACUGUUUGCAUUCAGCGCACAUCUUGGAGGUGUCUUUGCUGGUCCCAGAGGGCCAGCCGAGGGUCGUUGUUGUACCAUGUGACUGACUGUCACUUGUGAAUUAGACUUGAUUCAGUCACACCAUGGCCAGAGAUGCCACUUUUCCGGUUUAAA